CUCUACCAAGUCGCCAUGGUAACGUCAACAAAGAGGAAACAGGUGGAUGUUUUUACUACUCAGGCAUGAUUUGAACUAUAAAAAACAUAGUUUGACACCUAGAUUUGAUCAUUAUGUCGUAUCCACAUCCGCCCAAAAGGACAGGACUGCCACGAGAAGUCGUGAAAUGGCUGCACGGCCUCGAGUUGUCGUUUUAUCCGAAGAAUGUCCGCAGAGAUUUUUCCAAUGGUUACCUUGUGGCAGAGAUAUUUUCUCAUUAUUACCCUCAAGACUUUUCAGCUCAUUCAUACGACAAAGGAACAUCACUUUCUGCCAAACAGAGGAACUGGAGCCAGAUAGAGAGGUCUUUGCAGAAACAGAAUCUGCACUUGAUGAAAGAGGUCGUUGAUGGAACCAUCCACUGUAAACCAGGAGCAGCUGAGCUCCUGCUGCAGGAGGUUUAUACCGUCCUGACUAACAGGAGUGUCAGAUAUGUUCAGAUCCCAGAGCCAGAUUUUACUGACCAGGAGUACCAGGAGUUUCUGCCUGCGGUGGCCCGCUCCACCGCGUCCAAAGCCAUCAAGAACAACCUGACGAUGACAGAGAUCAUGGCUGAGCCCGACAUCAUCACAAACCAGAGGAAGGCAGAAGUCAUCCUCCACAGACACCUGGAGCACAAAGCAGCAGAGAGGGUUCUCUACCCCAGACGUUUUAAAGUGAAGCCUAAUCUGGGACAGCUGGCAGACAAAAAUGUCGUGUCAUCCAGCCGCGGUGAUGAGUGCAGUGACAGCCCUUCAUCUGCCGACACGGCAUCACAGCCGUGCUCCUCGUCAACAUGGAGGGGAGCUGCUGUUCCCUUUAAGGAGAUUAAGCGAUGCCUGUUUGCACCAGUAGGUGGCAGCAUUGAGUCACGAGCAAAUCCACUGCUGCAGGUGCACCAUUGACAAAAGAGGAAAAAAAUGAGUAGAUGGCGGUGAAUGGACUGGCCUCAUACUGUUGAUGUGUGUGUGUUGCCCGCUCUGUUAAACAUGCAUCUUCCUCCUUUACCAUCACUGAGGUAGCAGACAGACAGAAAUUAUGAUCAGCCACCUGGCAAAUGCUGUAAAUAUAUGUCGCAGCUCAUUACUUUCGCCGUGGUUGAUGCCCCCUCGGGUAACUAAUCCUCAUAAUGGAUUUAUAAAUUGGUUUGCCAGAUUUGGACCCAGCCACUGUGACAUGUAAACAUGGAAGCUUUCUUCUCAAUAAUGCUCAACAUUUUUUAGCCACUGGUUGGUCACCAAAGUUUCAAGAUGUUUCGCAUUUAUCUGUGAAAUAUUCAGUAAAACUGUCAGUGAAUAAGUGAAUAACUCCCGUAUCUCUGAUAAUGAAGUAUUGAUCGCUCCAUAACUGUUCUGGUUAUGACAGAAUUAAAGUUAAAACUAAUGAUGAGGGGUUUGUAUUAGCUCUUCCUGAUGUUUAUGCUUAUCAUGACUUCAUUUUUAAGCAUUUUAAGAGCCCAAGGAUGACACUUUCUAUUAAGUUUGAACAAAGUCGAGAAUUUCAGCCACAAACUUCCGGCUCAUAUUAUUAUCCUGGUUCUCUGGAUGGAUUACUUACUUGACAGAUGAAAUUCUGUGUGUCAGCUUUAACGGCACCAUAUGUUUUGCCCUUUCACCUCAGGACUGUUGGAUCAUCUUAUGUGUGCAUUCUUUAUGGAAAUCACUUCAGACGUUUCAUCCCGAGAGACACAUUUUUAUGAUUUAAAUAAUUUAGUCGUUGCAAGCCAGUUACAGGAGAGAUAUUCUGCUCAAGGUUGGUGAUUUUGUGAUGGGAUGCGACAACAGCUUCUUUCAACUUGGCACAUGAAAUAUGCAAUUCAUCUUCAAGGACAGUAAAGUCACAUACAGGUUGAAGUUGAAAUUGUGUGUUUGCUUUUAUACUGUAUUGUUCCACAGACAUAUGAGUUGCAUUCAGUUUACUACAUUUACUAACAACAUGUUAAUUUUUGGUCUUGCUCUGUAGGUGUUGUUAUCAGUCAGCAUUUACAGACUUGUUUUGUGGUUUAUUUAACACUGCGUACAUGUAUUUAAACAGACAUGUAAUCACAUGUGCCUGAGGAGUGCUUUGGA